UACGGCCCUCAGCCCCGCCCCCGAACCCCAGUGUUUGUCGUUGGGGAAGAGAGAUGUCGGGUUACCGCCAGUGGGUCUAUAAUUAGCCGCGGGACUUCGUUGAUCCGCGGGACUCCGGGGACAGGGGGCAGCGCGGCGCCCCCGCAGACUUCAGUCCCCGCCGCCCGGAACAUUCAGUGCUCCUUCCCGCUCUCCGCCUCCGCCACCUCCAGCCCAUCGAAGCCAAGACUCCACCGUCGCUGGUCCCACCCUCAUCGGGAUCUCAUUCUCCACGUCUCCCAGAGGAAUAAUGUUGGUGGCUCUGUUGAUCGCCCUUAGCUGCCUUGGCAUCCACACCCUCAGCGGCAUGCGCAUUUACGUCCCCUGGCAGGCCCAGAAUGUUUCCAUCCAGAACCUGAGCCUGGCUCCAAACACCUUCGAUGAUGCCUAUGUGGGCUGCUCGGAGGAGAUGGAGGAGAAGGCAGUCCAUCUGCUAGCGGAGGAGAUGGCUAACCAUACCAGGCUGCGGGAGUCCUGGGAGACAGCCCAGAAGGCCUGGGAGCAAAGGUGGCCAGGGCUCAGCCUGCCUCCUGGCUUCAAAACCCAGCACGGAAUCGCCGUCAUGGUCUACACCAACUCAUCCAACCCUUUAUACCGGGAGCUGAACCAGGCUGUGCGGACAGGCGGUGACUCCAGGGAGUUCUACAUGCAGCACUUCCCCUUCAAGGCCCUGCAUUUCUACCUGACCCGGGCCCUGCAGCUGCUGCGGGGCAGUAGGGACUGCAGCAGGGAACCUGGGCAGGUGGUGUUCCGAGGCAUGGGCGCCAUUCGAUUUGAACCCAAGGAGCUGGGGGGCUCUGUCCGCUUAGGCCAGUUUGCCUCCAGCUCCCUGGAUGAGGCAGUGGCCCGCAGAUUUGGUAAUGCCACCUUCUUCUCUAUAAGGACUUGCUUUGGGGUCCCGAUCCAGGCCCUGUCUGUCUUUCCCAAGGAGCGUGAGGUGCUGAUCCCCCCGCAUGAAGUCUUCUUGGUCACCAGUUUCUCCCAGGAUGGAGCCCGGAACCUGGUGACUCUCUCCAGCAAUAAUCAGAUGUGCAGCCACUUUAACUGCGCCUAUCUGGGUGCGAAGAAGAGGCCGAGCUGUGAGUCUGUGCCAACAGGAGGACAGGCCGACUCACUCUCCAAGGGGGCCUUCUCUCUGCUCUCCUGGAAGACCCUGCCCUUGGCCUCUUAGGGGUUCCAGCUCUUAGGAGCUGGGCUCUGAAAGUUCAGUGCCUGCCACGUAGGAGUCCUGGGAAAUGAUGACAUCCAUAUGAAGAUGGGAGGCUUUGAAGAGCCUGGAGAAGCCAGAACAUGGUUUCGGACCCAGACCUUGCAGCCAUCUCCCCGGCCAGGAUGUUGGAGGAUCUGAGGCCAUGGUAGGGUGGAGGGAUCCCCGCUAUGUGGUAGGGACUCCAGGGGACAAGCAAGGGUAGUGCUGUGACAGCCACUGGAUUAAACAGUGUUGCAGUGUGGUGACCUCAAA